CAGGCCAAGUCGCGUGUCGUUAAUUGAAUUAAUUGAAUAGACUUCUGAUAGACUUUCAACAAACUUCCAACAGAAACCGCAUCUCGAUACUUCCCCCUUUCAUGAUUUCUACCUACUUGGAGACAAUCUUUCAAUAUUCGCUGAUUCGCCAAUCUCUAUACGUAGAUCAUAGUGUAAUCCGAUUCAAUUAUUCCAAGUCCUUCCUCGCUUGCGUUCGCUCUACUUCUAGGUAGAUGAGCAGAAACGGAGAAAAUGGCGGAUUCUCGAACACCGGCCAAGAAGACGCCCUCCUUGUCUAGAAAACCCAGCUCCGUCUCGUCUUCGGCCAAUUCGAAGGGCCAGCAGACCAUCCUCGGCUUCUUCUCCAAAGCCUCUCCGGCUCUAACCUCUUCGCCCACGCCUUCGUGUUUGAAGGAGACCACCAAGUCCAACAGGAAGCCUUCUACUAUCACCCCCGUUCCUAGCAGCGAUGCCUUAGAACCCUCCAGCUCUCAAGAGAACCACGGCUCUGCCGCUACGGUAAAGCCCGAAUCCGCCCGCGCCGUCGUGGACAGUAGUCCAAUCCGCAAGUCUAAAAAGUCGGUCAACUACGCCGAGUCUUCCGACGACGAGGAAGACGUCUUCGUAUCCUUGAAAGCUUCCCAGACCCGACGCCGCGGCCGCCAGCAGUCUAGGGUUGUCGAUGACGAAGAGGACGAUUACGAGGAGAGCAAGAACGUUGCUCAAGAUGACGACGAUGAUGAGAUGGACGAUUUCGUAGUAUCUGAUGACUCGGAUGCUCCGUCGAAGAAGCGGAAGCGCCCCUCCAAGCCCCAACCUUCUCGAAAGCGAUCGCAGGUCUCCCUCCAGACAUCCAGGCGCGAAGAUAACGACGAAGCCGGCAAGGACGAUGAUGAUGAGGAGAUGGCGGACGAGGUGCCGUCGACCUCGACCGCACAGCAAUGGCGAUACGACCCCGAGAACAUCGAGCCGGCGAAGGCGAGGACGGCCUCUCGGCCGGCGCCCAAGGCUCCCGCGGGCAAGCAGAAGGCUCACACGCGCGAGCCCGAGGAUCGAUAUCCCUGGCUGGCUAACAUCACCGACAUAAACCGGAACCCUCCGGGUCACCCGGACUACGACCCCUCGACCGUCUACGUUCCCCCGCUGGCAUGGACGAAGUUCUCCGCUUUCGAGAAGCAGUAUUGGGAGAUUAAGCAGAAGCUGUGGGAUACGGUGGUCUUCUUCAAGAAGGGAAAGUUCUACGAGCUCUACGAGAACGACGCAACCGUCGGCCACCAGCUCUUUGAUCUCAAGCUCACCGACCGCGUCAACAUGCGCAUGGUCGGCGUCCCCGAGAGCUCGCUCGAUAUGUGGGUCAACCAGUUCAUCGCCAAGGGCUACAAGGUAGCUCGCGUCGACCAGAUGGAGACCGCGCUGGGCAAGGAGAUGCGCGAGAGGGUCGACGUCAAGGCGAAGAAGCAGGACAAGAUCAUCCGCCGAGAGCUGGCUUGCAUCCUAACGGGUGGCACGCUGGUCGACGGCAGCAUGCUUCAGGGCGAUAUGGCGACCUACUGCGUGGCCAUCAAAGAAUCCGUGGUCGACGAUCACCCGGCGUUCGGCAUCGCUUUCGUCGACGCCGCCACCGGCCAAUUCUUCAUCUCCGAAUUCGAAGAUGACGUCGACCUGACCAAGUUCGAGACGUUCGUCGCUCAGACAAGCCCUCGGGAGCUGCUCCUCGAAAAGUCGCGGAUCUCCACCAAGGCCUUGCGCAUCCUUAAGAACAACACCUCCCCUACCACUAUAUGGAACUAUUUCAAGUCCGGAAGCGAAUUCUGGGAGGCCGACCUCACCCACAGAGAACUCGACUGCAACGGGUACUUCGCAGGGGCCGAGGGCGCCGAGGAGCACUGGCCCGACACCUUGUCCAAAGCUAGGGAAAAGGAUUUGCUCAUGUCCGCCCUCGGCGCUUUGGUCCAGUACCUUAGGGUGCUCAAGAUCGAGCGAAACCUGCUCUCGCAAGGUCAUUUCACGUGGUACAACCCCAUACAUAAGAACGGCACCCUGAUCCUCGACGGCCAGACCCUCAUCAACCUCGAGAUCUUCACCAACUCCGCCAACGGCGGCUCGGACGGGACGCUGUUCGCCCUCUUGAAUCGCUGCGUCACGCCCUUCGGCAAACGGCUCUUCCGGCAGUGGGUAUGUCAUCCGUUGUGCGAUAUCCAGAAGAUCAACGAACGUUUGGACGCCGUCGACGUGCUCAACGCCGACCCGGCGGCUCGGGAACAGCUGUCCUCGCAGCUGACGAGGAUGCCCGAUCUUGAACGCCUGAUCUCUCGGAUCCACGCGGGAGCCUGCCGGCCGGAAGACUUCGUGAAGGUCCUCGAGGGCUUCGAGCAGAUCGACUACACCGUGAGCCUCCUAGGCACUUACGGUAGUGAGCAGGGCCUGCUCAGCCGCCUCGUCUCGUCGUUGCCGAACCUCAAGGAGCCGCUGUCGUACUGGAAGACGGCAUUCGAUCGCAAGAAAGCUCGGGAGGAGAAGAUCCUCGUACCCGAGCGCGGCAUCGAGGAAGACUUCGACAACAGCCACGACAGGAUUGUCGAGAUUAAGGCCGAUCUCCAGUCGCUGCUUGACGAGAAGAAGGCCCAACUGAAGAACAAGUCUCUUAAGUUCACCGACGUCGGAAAAGAGGUCUACCAGAUCGAGGUGCCCAAGUCGGUCAAGGUCCCCAAGGACUGGCAGCAGAUGUCCGCUACCUCGAGCGUCAAGCGUUACUACUUUAAAGAGCUCACGAAUCUCGUGCGGCAGCUGCAGGAGGCGGAGGAAACCCACUCCCAGCUCGUGCGGGAGGUAGCCCUGCGUCUCUUCCAACGGUUCGACGUCGAUUACGAUACUUGGCUCCGGGCCAUUCGCGUCACGUCUCAAGUCGACUGUCUGCUCAGCCUUGCCAAGGCGUCCUCGUCUCUCGGUGAACCGAGCUGCCGCCCCAUUUUCGUCGACGAGGAACGUAGCGUCGUCGAGUUCGAGGAACUUCGGCACCCGUGCAUGCUCAAUACGGUCGAUGACUUCAUCCCUAACGAUGUCGUAUUAGGCGGCGAUUCGGCCAAGAUAAACCUGUUGACCGGAGCGAACGCCGCCGGUAAAUCCACGAUCUUACGAAUGUCCUGCAUUGCGGUCAUCAUGGCGCAGAUCGGUUGUUACGUGCCGGCCACCUCGUCCAGGCUGACCCCCUGCGACCGCAUAAUGUCGCGGCUCGGCGCGAACGACAACAUCUUCGCGGCGCAGUCGACGUUCUUCGUGGAACUGUCGGAGACUAAGAAAAUCUUGUCCGAAGCAACGCCGCGUUCGCUCGUCAUCCUUGACGAGCUAGGUCGCGGCACUUCCAGUUACGACGGUGUUGCCGUGGCUCAGGCCGUCCUGCACCACGUCGCUACGCAUAUUGGAUGUGUAGGUUUCUUCGCUACUCAUUACCACUCGCUCGCGACCGAGUUCGAGAACCAUCCCGAGAUCAGGGCGAAACGCAUGCAGAUCCACGUCGACGAGCAGCUGCGGCGCGUUACCUUCUUAUACAAGCUAGAGGAUGGCGUAGCCGAGGGAAGCUUCGGUAUGCAUUGUGCAGCCAUGUGCGGCAUCUCCAACCGCGUUAUCGAGAGAGCCGAAGUCGCUGCCAAGGAAUGGGAGCACACCAGCAGGCUCAAGGAGAGCCUAGAACGCGCGAAAGAAGGCUGCUAUAUCCCUCUGGGCAUGUUGAGUGAUGUUGCUACGCUGCUUGACGAGACGAAGGGUAGAGACAUCGGGGUGCGGAGUCUCGAUGUUCUUGCUCGAGCUAUCGAAGCUCUGUAGAGAUGCGGAGGGGCACGUCUGGUUCCUGGUAUAUAUUUUCGGGGGAAAAUUGAGCUUGUAUGGAUUGUAUCAUAGCUGUACCUACUGGCUUAUGCCGCUUAUUCGUGACGCUGGAAAUUUGCUUUACGUGUAUGGAGUUGGGGUACUAGGGGGUAGAUCAGGCUGCUAGCUCGUCGCUGUUACAUAUGCAGCUUCGCUAAUAAAACGUGAAUAUUCGUGUUUAGGA